CAGCGGCAGUCGCCCUCCCCGCGCCAUUUGGAGAAAAUUAAGGACUUACCGUUGCAGCGAGAAUGACGAUUUUUAAUGCACGACAAACACGAGGAGGGGUAGAUAGUAGUAGUUGAGCUCCCCCGGUUUGUUUGGCAGCGUCGGCACAACCAAAACCCCCCCGCUCCCCCCCCACCGUCGUCUUCCUCCUCCUCCGCCGCCGCCGCCGCCGACCGUGGGGGGAAAAGAUGCUGGUGAUUCGAUCGGCAUUCCGCGGCAGCGCGAGGCCCAUCUCCGCUUCUUCUUCGUCUCUUCUCUUCACGUUCUCCUACUCUUCCUCUUCCUCUUCUUCUUCGUCGGCAGCUGCGGUUCACGCCGACAGGAGCAUCGGCGAGGGUCCCCGGAACGAUUGGUCCCGCGACGAGAUCAAGUCCAUAUACGGCUCCCCCGUCCUCGAUCUCCUCUUCCAUGGGGCUCAAGUCCAUAGACAUGCCCAUAACUUCAGGGAAGUGCAGCAGUGCACUCUGCUCUCCAUAAAGACAGGUGGGUGCAGCGAGGAUUGUUCCUACUGUCCACAGUCCUCCAGGUACAGCACUGGGUUGAAAGCCCAGAAGCUCAUGACAAAGGACGAUGUCCUUCAGGCAGCUCAAAAGGCCAAGGAGGCUGGUAGCACACGCUUUUGCAUGGGUGCUGCCUGGAGAGAUACCAUAGGCAGGAAGACUAAUUUUAACCAGAUCCUUGAAUAUGUGAAGGAAAUAAGGAGGACUACUCCCCAUGACAACCCUAAAUCAAUUCCAAAUCUCAGAGUUUCUUAUUGGAGGAGUAGCGGGUUGUUCGAGGAGAUGGGGAUGGAGGUAUGCUGCACCUUGGGCAUGCUAGAAAAGCAGCAAGCCAUUGAACUCAAGAAUGCUGGCCUGACAGCGUAUAACCACAAUCUCGAUACCUCAAGAGAAUAUUAUCCAAAUAUAAUCACCACAAGAACUUAUGAUGAGCGGUUGAAAACCCUCGAUUACGUCCGCGAUGCAGGGAUUAAUGUGUGCUCUGGAGGAAUAAUUGGGCUUGGAGAAACGGAGGAGGACCGGGUUGGUUUGUUGCAUACUUUGGCGACCCUGCCAGCACAUCCAGAGAGCGUCCCCAUUAACGCGCUGCUUGCCGUAAAAGGCACACCUCUACAAGAUCAGAAGCCAGUUGAAAUAUGGGAGAUGAUAAGGAUGAUUGCCACUGCGAGGAUAGUCAUGCCAAAAGCAAUGGUACGGUUAUCUGCCGGCAGAGUCCGUUUUUCUAUGCCGGAGCAGGCGCUAUGCUUUCUGGCCGGUGCAAAUUCCAUUUUCACGGGCGAGAAGCUUCUGACAACUCCUAACAAUGAUUUCGAUGCUGAUCAACUCAUGUUCAAGAUGCUUGGACUAAUUCCAAAGGCUCCGAGUUUUGAAGAUGAUGGUGCAAAGGAUGAUGCAGCAGAGCAUUGUGAGGAAGCCAUUUCAAGUUCUGGUUGAGGUUAUUUGGACUGUUCAAAAGAGGCCUCAUGAAUCAUGAUGGGUAAGCCUCAAGUGGAGGUUUGUCUGUUCAAUUCUGUGAACUGCGGAAAUGUCUAACUAUCUAUGUAUUCACCAAUUAUCUGGGAAAUAUGGAGCUUCGUGCACUAACUUCAUGGGUUAUGGGUUGGAUUUCACUUAUCGUUAAUGAAAUUUAAAACCCCUCGAAAGUGGUUUGUUUUGUCA